AUGUCGUUCCUUGAAGAAAUCGGUGUUUCUCGACAAGAACUUCGUGUUCUUUUUUCUGAAGAACUCGGUGUGUCUCCACAAGAUGUUCAUGUCUUUUAUCAAGUUUGUCUACCCGGAACUUAUCAACCGAAAACUGGUGCCAUCUCUUAUGAUGUUUGCUUAAACUGUCCAAUUAGCACAUAUAUGCCGGCUAGUGGCUUUUCGUACUUCGAUGACUGCCCCACUGGAUAUUCAUUUAUUAACGGAGCUUCUGCUGUACUAACAUCAAACCUUGUAAUAACUGGUGAUAAUAUCGAGUUUGCUGCUAGUUCAUUAAAUAAAAUUUUGAAAUGA